AUGCGUCACCCUGGAAUAACCUCCAAAACUGGAAAAACUCGAAUAUUUGUUGAUCAGUUACGGGAUUUACCUGCUGCUAUGGACGCCGUCGUGCUCCACAUGGAAAGAAACGUGAUUAAAGCCUUCAGGACGGAUUCAGAACUAAACCGUUCCCCUCACGUUAGGAGCAGAACCUGCAAACUGAGGGUCGAACCGGGCGUCCAAAAAUAA